UAUUGACACUUGCUUGACAGAACAAAUGUUAGAUAAAAAAAGUAUCUACCUAGCAGUGGCGGCCGCUGGCUACAAUCUCUUGGUUCGGUAAACAAACUAAGAAAUCUGAUCAUGUAAAAAAAAUGUGUAAUAUAAAUAGUAAAGUUAUGCAUGACUUAAACUAGUUUUAUUAGAUUUUUUCAAUAUGUCAAGAAAGAAUUUUCUUAAGAUUGUGAGCAUCGUUUGUCUAUCUUGUUUACCGUAUAUAUCUACGCUCCGCGGUGAUUUUGUUUUUGAUGAUUCUGAGGCAGUGGUAAAUAAUAAAGAUGUUACAUCCGACAACUGGCUUGAUUGUUUCUACAACGACUUUUGGGGCUCUGAUAUUAGAAGCAACUUAAGUCAUAAAUCUUACCGACCAUUGACUAUUCUUACCUUCAGGUUGAACUACUAUUUAAAUUUUAAAACCUUAUCUGCCUAUGGUUUCAAGUCAACUAAUCUUUUAUGCCAUGUAUUAUGCACUGUAUUGGUGUAUUUAGCAAUCAAGGAUAUGAUAAAUACCCUGAAUCCUUUGCUGAAAAAGAGAGAUGAUUUAGAUAUGGCAUACAUAACAUCUUUGUUAUUCGCAGUCCAUCCCAUACAUACUGAGGCAGUAUGUGGUAUUGUGGGGCGGGCUGAUUUGUUGGCAGGUGCAACAUUCUUUUUAGUGAUUAUUUUUUACAAUAAAUCUAUGACUAUGAAUACUCAUAAAAAUUUCAACUUAGGUAUAGCAAUGAUCUUAGCUGGAAUGUCAUUAUUACUUAAGGAAAAUGGCAUUACAGUGCUGGGAUUUUGUCUUUGUUAUGAUAUUGUCACUAAGCUUUAUUUGAAAGAUAAACAUAAUAAGUUAGAUGAAUUUAAGUUCAAUCAUUUUCUUAUAAGAGCCUUAGUUACAUUAUUUUCAAUAGUAUUGUUUUUAUAUUUACGAUGGAAUAUUAUGGGAGCCUCUAAACCAACAUUCAGUCAAACUGACAAUCCAGCUGCAUUUUCAAAAGACAUUUUUACAAGAGUUUUUACAUAUAGUUAUUUAUAUUUUUUAAAUGCACUUCUACUUAUUUGGCCACACUGGUUAUGUUAUGAUUGGUCUAUGGGAAGUGUGCCUCUAGUCACUACUAUACUGGAUUAUCGGAUAAUCUUUUCAAUAUUCCCAUAUAUUUUCCUAAUGUUGGUUGUUAUAGCGGUUUUUAAAACCCAAAAUAAGAAUUUACCAAAAAGCCUUCUUUUAGUGGCAUUGGUUCUGACAGCAUUGCCGUUCCUGCCAGCUUCCAAUAUAUUUUACCCAGUGGGAUUUGUCAUAGCUGAGAGGAUCCUUUACAUCCCCUCAGCAGGUUACUGUUUAUUUGUAGCCAUUGGAUUUAAUAAACUGUUCAAAAGAAAAAAUAUGUAUAAGACUGCAGUUUUUUUAUUCUCUUUAUUAAUAUUUUUCUAUGGACUUAAGUGUUUAAAAAGAUCCUUGGAUUGGAGAAAUGAGUAUCAGUUGUUUGUGAGUGCUGUGUCUGUCUGUCCACUAAAUGCCAAGGUUCAUUAUAAUGUCGCCAAAGCAUUAGAUGCAAAAAAUAUGACGAACUUAGCCAUUGCUGAAUAUAAGGAAGCUAUAAGAUUAUAUCCAGAAUAUUAUCAAGCAAUGAACAAUUUGGGUAAUUUGCUUAAAAGUAAAAAGAGUUUUAAUGAAGCAGAAUUUUAUUUAAGAUCUGCUGUAACAAUCAAGAAAGACUUCCCUGCAGCAUGGAUGAAUCUGGGAAUUGUUUUGGCUGCAGUAGAUAAAUUUAAUGAAUCAGAAACUGCCUACAAGACAGCACUAACUUAUAGGAAAAUUUAUCCAGACUGUCACUAUAAUAUGGGAAAUUUGUACCUGGAGUUAAAUAGAACAGAAGAAGCAAUGAAAUGUUGGCAACAUGCAGUCAAUUUAGACCCCACACAUAUUCUUGCCUGGACCAAUUUACUUGCCUUCUUGGAUAAUAAUGAUAGACUUGAAACAGCAUUGAAUGUUAUACCAAUAGCAUUAUCGCAACUACCCACAUCACCUCAAAUAAAUUUUGCUGUUGGUAACAUCUACGGAAAAUUAGAACUGUUUGAACAAGCUGAAAGCCAUUUCUUGAAAGCAAUCGAAUUGUGGGGCAAAGAAGUACAAGCUUUACAUUAUUCUAAUUUAGGUGUGUUAUAUCACCGAUGGCGAAAAUUCAAAAAAGCUGAAAAAAUGUAUAAAGCUGCUCUUAAAGUUGAGCCUAACUUUCAGAGUGCUCGUAAUAACCUUCGGCGUUUAAAGGAAAAUCAGAGGAUAAGAAAUCACUAUUAAUCCGGUAUCAUGCAUUUAAAUUUUUUUUUGCGUGAGUCAAUGCAGUACUAAAAUGUAGUUCCCAGUUACUAGUUCGCUAAGUAAACAUAUUUACAACAAA